AUGCGGGCGCCCGGGGAGGCGCGGCAGGCGGGGCGGCCGUGCGCCGAGCUAGCUGCAGCGCGGCGGGAGCGAUCCGGCCGGCACGGCUGCGUCCGCACCACCCGGCCCUCCGGUCCAGGACCCCCGGAGGCGCGGACGCCCGCACUGCCCGCCUGUCUGCGGAGCGGGGCACUGGGACCUUGUGUUCAUACUCCGCUGCAGUCCACGCAGGUCUUUGGAAGCAAGAAGAUGGGGACAGCCGUGUCGCACUGUAAACAAGGAAACAGGCUGCUCAAGGUAAACAGACGUCCCCUAGAGAUGAUCAAACUACUAGAGCCUGUUCUGCUUUUGGGCAAGGAGUGGUUUGCUGGUGUGGAUCUCUGUGUCCAUGUGAAGGGUGGUGGUCAUAUGGCCCAAAUUUAUGCUAUCCGACAGUCCAUCUCCAAAGCCCUGGCAGCUUAUUGCCAAAAAUAUGUAGAUGAAGCUUCUAAGAAGGAGAUCAAAGACAUCCUCAUCCAAUAUCAUUGGACCUUGCUUGUAGCUGAUCCCCAUUGCUGUGAGUUCAAAAAGUUCGGAGGUCCUGGUGCCCAUGCUCGAUACCACAUCAAGGAUCAGGGUUGUAACCCCGAUGCCAUUAUCUGGAUCCAAGGGGUUUGA